AUGCGCUUCUUCUGCUCCCUCGUCGCAACCUUCCUCUGCCUCUUCGCCUACACCGACAUGGUGUCGCGCGCAGCAGGCAUCCAUAAGAUGCACAUCCGACACUCUCGACCCCGUUCCCAGAAUCCAUUCGUACCUGGCGGACCCGACACGCUGCCCGCCUUUGUCGACGACGACCGCAACCUCAAGCUGCCCGCAGUCGCGGGCGCAAAGGUCCAACUCUUCGCCUUUCGUCCCCAGUCCGGACUCGAACCCGUCGUGGUGCCCGCCUACGUCGACGAAUGGUUUGACGUUGCCGACAUCGACAGGAUCAGGGACAUCAAGCGCGCCGUCGUCCACACUCACGGCCAGAUCCGCGACGGCUGGGCCGCCUGGAAGGAUGCCGCCGACGCGCGCGCAAAGCUCGACGAAGCCACCCAACGCUCGGUCGUCAUCGUCGUGCCUCAGUUUUUCAACGGCUCGGACAAGGACAUCUACCACGGAACUGGACCCGGCUCGACGGGCAACCUGCUCGUGUGGGACCUCAACGGCUGGGGCGAAGGCGCCGUCAACCAGCUGCCCGAGAGCGACACGAGCGUGUCGUCGUUUGAGGUGCUCGACACGCUUGGUCGGUACCUGACCGACCCGGAUCUUUUCCCCCGCGUCGAGCACAUCACUUACUCGGGCCACUCGCUUGGCGGCCAGCUCACGCACCGCUACUCGAUCCUUGGCGACGCCGAGCCUGCGCACGGAUCGACGGCCACAGUGUCGUUUGUCACCAUCGACCCGGCAACCAGUCUCUACUUCAGCGCCGAAAGGAAGGGCCCUCCCUGUGCCGGCAUGAACGAAUACAAAUACGGCUUCGACAAGCUCGACGAGCACUUCCCCACGUACUCGACGGUGCGGGGCGCCCUCAGGGACUUCUAUCAGUUCCGCUACCUCAACCAACGCAGCUCCCACCUCAUCCACGCCGGCAACGACCACGGCCAGGGCGAUUCACGGUGCUGGGCCAUGGCUCAGGGCAAGGACCGCGUCGAGCGCGCCCAGAACUACCACGACCACCUGCGCCAGAUCGUCGACACCAUGUACCCCUUCCUGCCCAGGCCCCGCGAGCCCCUCGACAACACGACCGAUACCAAGGGCCCCUACCAGAUCGGCCAGGUCACCGUCGACUGGGUGGCCGGCGUCGCCCACAACGGAGCAGCAAUGGUCGGAUCCCUACCGGGCAGGCAACGCAUCUUCCUCGACAACUGA